GAUGACUUGGCAAAAAUCAUUCGGGAAUAUCCCGAGAUUUUCCCGGACGACGUGCCAAGUGGACUGCCAACUGAACGACCCCAAGGCCACAAAAUCGAGCUGGAGCGCGGCGCGCAGCCUAGUGUACGAACGCAAUGGCGCUUGACUCAGCCCAAGCUACACGAAUUGCGGAACCUAUUUGACAACCUGCUGGCUAAAGGGUUUAUUCGGCCGAGCACGUCCCCGUUCGCUGCGCCGAUCCUGUUCACCCCAAAGAAGGACGGCAGACUUCGCAUGUGUACGGACUAUCGUGCCUUUAAUCAGGUAACGCUUAAAUCGCGCUUCCCAAUCCCACGCACGGACGAGCUGAUUGACAACCUUCGCGGAGCUCGCUACUUUUCGAAGAUCGACCUUCGUGGAGGUUGCCAUCAAAUUUGGGUGUUCGCUGACGACUGCCACAAGAUCGUGUUUCGUACUCGCUACGGGAGUUACGAAUACACGGUGAUGCCGUUUAGAUUAACGAACGCCCCCUCGACGUUCCAGCUCACCAUGAACGGGGUGUUCCGCGAUCUACUCGACAAAUGUGUGAUAAUUUACUUGGAUGACAUCCUAAUUUACAGCAAGACCCGGGAGCAACAUUUAAAGGACUUGGAAGCGAUUUUUCAGUGGCUGCAGCAUCAUCGGCUCCAAGUGCGAGCUUUUAAAAAAAGAAAUGGAGUUCCUAGGGCAUUACUUCGCAUCACUGACCCGGAACGGCCCUUCGAAGUCAUCACCGACGCAAGUGACAUCUCCAUCAGAGCUGUGCUCAUGCAAAAUUUCAGCAAUGGUCUCCAACCAAUCACGUACGAGUCUCGGAAAAUGCAAUCUGCUGAGCGCAACUACCCGGUACACGACAAGGAGAUGCUGGCGAUUGUCCACGCGCUCAAAAUCUGGAGGUGCUACCUGACUGGCGUAGACGUGGCGGUGCGAACCGACCAUAAAUCUCUACAGUACCUGAGGGCGCAGCCGAACCUCAACCCCCGGCAGAUACGCUGGCUGGACUAUCUGGACGGGACGGAUCGAAUUUGGGUCCCAAGUUAUUGUCUACUUCGCGAAUUACUAAUUCAAGAAGUCCACGAUUCGAAUUUAUCGGGACAUUUCGGGGUUGAUAAAACUCUGAAGGCAUUGCAGCAGUUUUAUUGCUGGCCAAAUAUGGUGACGUGUGUGCAACGUUACGUGGCCGCGUGUCCGAUCUGCCAACGAAUAAAAUCAUCACAUCAGCGAUCGACAGGACUGUUGCAGCCCCUUGAGCCACCUCAACGCCCAUGGCAACACGUGACGAUGGAUUUCGUUACAGGCCUGCCGGCCGGAUCUAGCGGAAACGACGCAGUCUUGGUUGUCGUCGACCGAUUGACGAAAAUGGCGCAUUUCGCACCAUAACGUACAACCAUUACAACCAAAGAAACCG